CUCCCGGGCCCAGCUGAUCCGCGCCGCCCUGCAGGCCCCGCGCUCGGCCCCGCCGAGCCCCACGCCGCCCGCGCCCGUCGCCCCGCCGCGCCGCCGACCUCGGGCCGCGCGCGCGCCGGGAGGGGAGCGGGAGGCGGGGCGACCCACACGGUGCGGCGGAGCGGAGAGCCGUGCGGCCCCGCCGCGGCCAUGGAGGUCUACAUCCCGUCCUUUCGCCACGAGGACAGCGACCUGGAGCGCGGCUACACGGUGUUUAAAAUAGAAGUGCUAAUGAACGGGAGAAAACAUUUUGUUGAGAAAAGGUACAGCGAAUUCCAUGCCUUGCACAAAAAGCUUAAGAAAUGUAUAAAGACUCCGGAAAUCCCCUCUAAGCACGUCAGGAACUGGGUCCCCAAGGUCCUGGAACAGCGACGGCAAGGCCUGGAAACAUACUUACAGGCCGUCAUCUUGGAAAAUGAAGAGCUCCCCAAACUCUUCCUUGACUUCCUCAAUGUAAGACACUUGCCCUCUCUACCAAAGGCAGAAAGUUGUGGAUCUUUUGAUGAGACAGAAUCUGAAGAAUCAAGCAAGCUGUCCCACCAGCCCGUGUUGCUGUUCCUCGGGGAUCCAUACGUCUUGCCUGCAGCCAGCGAUUUUCCAAAUGUCGUCAUCGAAGGGGUUCUUCGUGGGGUAUUUUACUCUCACCGGCAGCCCAGGUAGAAACCCCACCUGGCUGCAAGAAGCCGAGCUAAGUGUCGACGGCAAUAGCAAGAAAGGCGAUCUCUCUACCACGUUAACCGAAACUCCAGGACACAGCAGCUCCAGCUAGUGGGAAAAGUCACAGUCCUGGCUUCCUUCAGAACAGGGACAUUUCUACUGAACGGUGCUUUUACAAUGAGAAACUGGACCAUGGCGGGGUCAGCCGAAGACUAGUUGUUGGAGAAGUGAAAGGGAGAGGCCGACGUGGGAACUCAGGAAAAGGAGGCCACGGUGGAUUCCUGGGAGCCCCGAGUGUCACGAAACAGAUCCAGCCUAUGCAUCAGUCGCUCCAUUUGUUCAUUGGAAACCAACCAUAUCCUGAGUCACGAUGACACUGAGCAGCUUCAGGGGCCCUGACACGCCCAUCCUUACACCAUGAGAUUUUUCUCAUCAGGGAUACUCCAGAAGGAGUGCAGGUACCCGAAGACUAUCCUGAAACGCACUGUGCCCGACUAGACGUCCAGUUAUACUGACAGAGAACGCAUUGAAGAAUAGAGCACAUUCAAUUCUCCAUUACAGUGGGGUUGCUGCCCGCCUCCAGGUUAGCUUCUCGCAUCAGCCGCUUGAGGUGAAAUGGGGUGUUGGGACAAUCCUCGAGAUCCCUCUAGAAAGAAGCUGUGCCGGAAGUGUGCCCUCCGCCAUUUUUUCCUCUAGUAUUGGAAAGAGUGAGUGCUCCUCUGAGGACCUACUGAUACUCUGGCAAGGUUCCAGGGGCCAUUUCAUACAGAAAGUACAUACUUUAAAUACUAGAAUCACACUGAAAAUCACGUCCGUAGGAACUGGACGUGAGUUGACCGUGGCUGCGACAAGAACAGAUGGACUGUUUGUGGCUGGGUUUCCUCAGCGGUGUACAUUCAUGGUGUUGUCACAGGCCUUUGUGUGGUUGUUCUGACGUGUGUCGUGUACGGAAUCAUGUAAGCUAGCUGUUUGAUGCUGUCUCUCCACUGGGUGUCACACAGACAGCCAUCUUCCCCGUAGUGAUGGAGCAGAGUGUGUGUCCUUCCUCUGUGUGUGUGCUGAUGAACAGCCUACUAAUGGUUAUGAAUUUUCAUAAAUUUAAAUGUGGGAGAAAAUAAUUUACAAUUAAAAUACCAUGUCAUGAAUUUUUAUUGGAGUCUGAACUUCCAGAUUGAAAGCCUGCUGCAAACUUUUAAAGAUACAUUUUUAUGAUGGAUUGUGUAAUUACAUGUUGGAAAUAAAGUAACCAAGUGUUAUCAACAACAAAAAUAACUAGUGAAGUAUUAGAGACACUUUUUAAAAUGUUUUUAUGUUCCUAGCUAUUUUGAGUUAAAUAAAAACAAACAAAAGUA